AUGUUUUGGCGCAACCCGGAGCAGAACGGAGCCGCCGAGCCGGACCAGCCGGAGCCACAACAGCCUGAUCAGCCCCAGCCCGAAUCGAAGUCAUCCUUCUUCUUCUGGCUGAGCGGGCCUGAGCCCCUGGAGGCUGCCAAAACCGAUGAUUCGGAAAACGGAGAAUCAAAGAAACCCGCUUCCUCGUGGUUCUGGUCGUCUUCUGAACCCGAACCGCAACCCGAGCUGAAACUGAGUCUGUCAUGGUUUUGGCCCUUUUCAAGCACAGCAGAGCCAGAGCUGGAUACGGAGGACACGGACCACGUUGAGGUGUUCCGGGCCGCCAGAACUGCUUUGGAAAACUCCCGAGGAAACGCCCACUACGCCGUCAAGUACGUGCGUGGGGAAAACACAGCGUAUUUGGCCGUGAUAGACACGGAGACGGAGCAGGCGCCGGUGCUGUUUGGAAAGAGAGGCCCUGCUUUGCCGAACGAGCUUUUGGAGGCCAAUUUGGUCAGUGCAAAGACCAAGCAGAAGAGGGAAGAGCAGCGGAGAGAGGAACUCAAGAAAGAGGAGCUCAAGAAGGAGGAACAGAAGAAAGAGAGCUCAAAGAAGGAGGGUUUGAAGAGAGACCACAAUGGAGAGCUCAAGACAGAUACAGCUGCCGCCCCGAUCGAGAGCAAGGAUUCCCAGAACAGGAAGAACCAGGGUACGGGAACGAGCCAGGAUCGGCCCGUGGCUGCUAACCAGAUGUCUGAGCCCCGCGCCGACUGUAACGAGAAUGCGGAGACCACUCUGGACGUCAAAGAUGCGAAGGCUAGCUUGAGCGUUAGAGACGCAAAGGUUAAUUUGGCCAAGGAGACCGCCGUGAAGGAGGUGCCAAAAGAGACAGCCAAAGAGUCUGCGCCCAAGGAGGAGCAGGUGCCUGUUACCUCUCCUCAGACAAACUCCAGAGCCUCGUCGCUUCACUCUCAUUUGGCCCAGCCGCUGGUGCUUCCAGAUUUGGACCACAACUUUCGUGAAAUCACCCUUGUCACCAAAGCACGCCUUCUUGGCGAAAAGUUCCUCAAGGGCGACCAAACCAGCGAACGCCACCUCUACCUCGGGACCAAAGGCUCCAUUGCCUCGAAACGGAAGUCCCGCAAGAACGUCGUGGUGAUCUCCAUGCACAGUCUUCUUCCACCCAAGUUUGUCCGAAACUACAUUGCACAAUCGACCGGCAGCGCCAAGCAGUUUGGACAGCGGGCCAUGGACGCAGUCAACCGCUGGUUUGGCGACGAAAAUGCAUCCAUCAGUGCUAUCUGCUUAGAAGGCCAGGGCACCAUUACCGAGAGGGUGCACCAGCUGUUUCGACUUUUGAGGAAUUGGCGGCAUGAGAUCAAUAGCGCCGACGUUGUGUUUUUCGUAAGCAGCUCCAUCGCCACGCCGGCGGCGAUUUCUCUUUUCAGUGCUAUGCACCAAAGUGAAGAAUUCCACUUGCACCGCAAGAAGCUCGGUAUGCUCAGCAUGGCAGGUAUCCAUUGCGGGCCGUACCCAGGGCUCAACUCCCGAGUGGUGAUCCGAGCAUACUACCCAGCCGAAAACGAAAUCAUCAAAGAGCUUUUCGAGUUGCAAAAAACCGGGUCUGAGUUGGCCCAGCAGCUCAGCGCAGACACGAGGUACUUGUGCGAGCAGAAUGUGAAAAUGACGCUAGUCGGUGCGUUGAACGACCAAUUUGUGCCGUUGUUCCUGGCAGUGGAUCUGGCCGCCAGCCACCCCAACAUCUACAAAAGCAUCUACGUCGACGAAUGCAGCACGGUUCCGCCGUUUUUGGUGAAGCUUUUCCUGGUGAUGCUCACAAUGCAGAACGUGGGCUACCUGGACCAAAAUAUGGUGACGGAUCUAAGCGAGCGGCUCCAGGGCCCGGUUAAUGUUAACCACGGAUCGCACGGGCGGAUCUACGAGCACGACGAGGUAUACGAUGUCGGACUACGAUUUACCAUGGAAACCACCAGUCUAGUGCGCUCCCGGCAAUUGAAGCUCGAAAGGCCGGGAACCUCACGGGUGGGCCCGGCCCGCAAGCCGGACGCUUCAGCAGCGCCAGAAACACAAGUGUGGCAGAGCGACAAGAAUUUGUACCAUCUUCCAUGGAACGUUCGAGGCGUGGUGAACGACUUGCUCGCGAUCAAGCACAUUGAGAACUUGCUGUUGCUCAUGGAACUUGUGGAGGAGUACCGGCGGUGGGAGCCUACAAAAGCUUGGCGGGAAAUGAAGCAGUGCUUUGCGGCAUUCGACGAGUUCUUGCUCGACGAUCUCAUGCUCUAG